AUGGCCACUACUUCAAUUGGGCGCAAGCCAGUCAUCUUCGUUGGCGCCACAGACGCGAUAUGCGGGGAAGCUAUCAGACUGUUUGCCCAAGCAAGUGACGUACCCCUCGUCCUCGCAGACACCAAUAAGGAUGCCCUACAAAAAGUUGCUGCCAAGCUACCCGGGAAGGACAUCACUAUACGAACGGUCGACCUUUAUAAUCCCAAGGAGCUGCGUGAAGCAAUCAUGGAUGCCGCACUCGUGGUUCAGGGAGCACAACCGUAUAAUCGCACGUCAAAGCCGGUGCUCACUGCAUGUAUCGACGCUAAGGUGCCUUAUCUCGACUAUUCUGAUGACGUUCACAGCACGCAGGCGUCACUCGAGCUCCACGAGCGCGCGAAGACAGAAGGCGUUCCGUGCUUUAUCAACUGUGGUGCCUCGCCUGGCUUGACAAACCUGCUGGCAUCUGAAAUAGUCCAAGAUCUCGAUACAGUUGAAACACUCGAUAUUUGCUGGCUUGUUAGUGAAGAGAGCGGAAAACUGGGUAGAGAGGUCCUUGCGCACCUGAUGGAUAUCACCGGUGGCCCUUGUUUGACCUGGGCGGACGGGAAGGCAACAGUUCAUGAGAACUGGGUUGAGACAUCAUACGCCCCGGUUGUUGAAGGCUCGGUCGACUUGCUUUACGAAAGCGUUCAUCCAGAGCCGAUUACAUUGCCCCGUCGAUUCCCAAAUGUGAGCCGAAUUAGAACUUUAGGUGCCCUCAGCCCCGCCCCAUCCAAUGGCCUUGCGCGAGGUCUUGGGGCUGCCGUUAAUUCUAGCUCUCUGUCUAUGGAUGUUGCUGUCGAUUUUCUUGAGAGUUUGCAGAGCAAGUCGUCGCAGAGCUGGAGUGAUAUGGUGGGAAUAGUUACGGCGCAGUUCCGAGGGGGUGACAUCACGCUUAACCAGCUAUAUGAGCUUGUUUACUACGGUAUGGCAUCGCUAAAGCCAUGGAAUCUUGCGCUCUGGGGCAUGUUCCAUCAGGUACGCAAGGGCGAAUGCACAGCAGGCGAUACCCUCAAGUUUUAG